AAGGCAGAAGGAUGAUAUAAAACCAAGCUCUGCUUACCAGCAAGGCACCUUCUCUUGUGUUAGGAGCAUAGAGAGCUUUUCCACCAUGAGCUUCACUGGAAAAUAUGAGCUCCAGCGCCAGGAAAACUUUGAGCCCUUUAUGAAAGCCCUCGGGCUCCCUGAGGACCAGAUCCAGAAGGGCAAGGACCUCAAGAGCGUCUCAGAAAUUGUGCAGGAUGGGAAAAAAUUCAUGAUUACCAUAAAUGCUGGCUCCAAAGUGAUAAAAAACCAGUUCACCCUUGGGGAGGAAAGUGAGAUAGAGAUGCUGAAUGGAGAGAAAGCAAAGGUUGUUGUGCAGAUGGAGGGUAACAACAAACUGGUCACAGAGGUGAAAGGGAUGAAAUCCGUCAUGGAGCUCAACGGAGACACCAUUACCUAUACAGUGACCAUGGGUGACCUCACCAUGAAGAGAGUCAGCAAGAGAAUCUAGAUAUAUUACACAUGCCAAUAGUUUACUGUGUAAAAUGUGGCCAUUAAAAUAAAAAUUUUAUUGAAUCCUC